AUGUAUAAAUUACAAUAAGCAAGACCAAAUACAGAAUGUUAAGCUGGUUUUCGAUAGAAAUAUCUUCCAUUCCAGUAAUUUAAAAGCGAAUCUAAAUUAGUUAAAGAAUAACCUAAAACUAAAAAACGAAAAAAGAUUGAUAAUAAACUUUAAGAUCCAUUAAAAUUAUAUGAAUUAUAUUUGAAAUCAUUGUAAGGGACUGAAUUUACAGAUGAAGAUUAAAGAGAGUACGAAAGACUAAUAGGAAAGUGUUCAUACGAUUUGCAUACAGCUUUUUAUCCAGAUGGAGUGAUUUCGUAAUUAUAAAAUGAGAAAUUUGAGCUUUCCUAAUCCAGAUUAUGAAGAAGUUGCUCAUCCAUAGUAAAUGAGACCCUUAGAGUUUUUCGAUUUUGUCCAAUAAGCUCUGAAGAUAAACUCAAAAUCGUUUAAUGACCAAUUACUAUUUAAAGCAAUAGAGACCAGUUAUUAAUUAUUAUCAAUAUCUUAAUCUGAAUUAUAAAACUCAAUAUCUUCAGAUCCUUUUCAAUUACAAUCUUAAUAAAGUGAUGUAAGAUAUAAAUAAUUUUUUACCUAAUAAACAUAAUCAGGCAAAAGAUUUUCUAAAACCAUAAGACCAAUUUUAAGUCGAGCAGAAAAAUUAAGUUAUGCAAUGAAGGUUUUAAAAGAACAAUUUGAAUAGGCUUUGAGUUAAAAUAUGAAAGCUAAUUUAAUAGAUUAUAUAAAUUUAGAUUAUAAGAGUUUGGAAGAGGCAUAAAUUAGAUGUGAUAUAAAAGGUGAAUAUUUAAAUUAGAUCUAAGAAUAAUGGUUUAAAACACCUAAAGAAGCUUUAGAUACUUCAACUAUGUUAAGAAAUGCAAUAUUAAUUUAAUUAUCAAGAAAAGGGUUUUAAACUAGAUAAGUAAUCUCAAAUGAUGGAAGAUGGAUAUUUCUACUUAUUAAAAUGGAUGAAGAUAAUUUAAAAGUUGUGGCAGAAUAAAAAAAACUUUCAAAAAGGUUAAAUUUUUGGUUCAGUGAUCUUUUUUCUCUUGAACCUGUUGAUAAGAGAUUAAGACCAUUAAGGUUAAAUAAUCGUUUAUGGAAACCUUCAGAAUAUAGAUGCACAACAUUUUUUGAAUAUUUGAGACCUUAAAUAAUUGAAUUAAUUGAAUAAAUAAAUUUCAAAAGAUUAAGUAGAGAAGUAAAUCAAAGUCACAUUAAUUAAGAAUUAUUUUAAUAUGGAAAAUAGGAUUUAAAUGAUGAAGAAGACAAUGGUCCAUCUGAUGAUGAAUGGUUUGCAUUUUAUAAAUAUUUGGUUCAUUUAGAGAAAUGUAUUUCUCAACAUAGAUAAGAGAAUAUAAUUAAUAGUGAUUUAUCAGCUAUUUUAAAUAAAUAGAUGGAUUCUUUUUAAUUAUAUUUAAAAAGGUUUUAAAAGGAACUUAUAUAAUAAGGUUUAGGAAACAAAUAAGAAAUAUUUUUAAAUAAAUAAAAUAUAUUGAAUCCAGAAAAUUAAUAACAUUUAUAAACAGUAGAAAGCUAUGAUUAAAAUGCUUAAUCAUUGAUGAAUGAAUAUAAACAAUAUAUGAUAGAAUAAAAUAUUCCAUUAACUAAAUAUAUCAAAAUAUUAUAAAAAGAGAGAUUGGCAUAUAAUUAUAUGUAAGCCUUUAUUGAAUCAUUAGAAGUUGCCAAUGAUUCAAAAUAAUACUUAAGAAAUCUUUGGGAUUAAGUUGAUUUAACACCUUAAGAACCUUUUGUAUAUUUUAGGAGACCUUCAAAACGAAUGGCUCCAACACUUUAAGCUUAAUAAUAAAUGAUUUGGUGUAAAUAUUAAAAAGAUGAAGAUGGAAAUAUAUCUGUAUUUUCAUCAAUUGAUAGACUAAAAUUAGUAUACUUAGCUGUUGAUGACUGUUUUGAUAUAAAUUCUUUUACUACGAAAGGUUAUAUACAUUAAUUUUUUUGUUUGAAUGAUUAAUAUGAGUUAUUAGGAUAUUGUUAAAAUUUUGAAAAGGCUUUGACAAGUGAAACUUAAUUUUAUCACAAAAAGUUAUUCUUUUUUGCAGACGAAUGGAAAUUCAAAAUAUUUGAACCUUGGUUUGCUCCUAUAGAUAUAAUAUGUUCAUAUUAUGGCGAAAAGAUUGGUUUGUAUUUUUAUUUUAUGAGUUAUUAUACAAAAAUGUUGACUUUUAUUUCUAUUUGUGGUUUAGGAUGUAGUUUAGCAGAAUGGAUUCUAAAUAAUGAAGAUGGAGAAGCCAGUAUUAUAAUUACAAUGGUUUUCACAUUCGUUUUAAUUUAGUGGAAUAGUAUGGUAACAGAUUAUUGGAAACAAUAAUAAGUUAGAUUUAAUAUUAAAUAUGGUUAAUUAAAUGAAAAAGAGAAAUCUACAGAGAGAUCAUCUUUUAAAGGAACUUAUAUUAGAUCUUUAGAAAAUGAUUAAUUAAAUUCAGCAGCUUAAGAUGACAGUGAUUUAGUACUAAGAUUAUUCUUGGCAUCUAUUUUGCUUGUUUUAUUAAUAGCAGCCUAUAGUGGAUUAGUAGUAGGAUUGUUUACACUUACUACAGCUUUGAAAAAUUCAUUUGGAAGUGAAUUCUCUAAUGUAUCAGUUAUGUCUUUAGAAGUGACAUUAUCUGCUACUAUUAAUGUAUUUGUAUAAUUAUUUGUUGAUAAAUUUUAUGAUUAUAUUUCAACAUCAGUUACUGAUUUUGAAAAUCAUAAAACUAUGUAAAAAUAUGAAACCAGUUUUGUUGUAAAAAAGUUUAUACUCUAUUUUUGCUCAUAUGUUGUUCCAUUAUUAUUUAUAGGUUAUCUUAAUGGACCUUUAAAUUUAUAUUGUUCAAAAAGUAAUUGUUCAAGACAUGUUUAAUAUUACUUUUCAACCAUUAUCAUUUGGUAAUUUCUAUUUAAAAUUAUGUAACUUUUUAAAUUUGUAUCAGAUUUGGCUAAAUAUCCAAAAAUUAAAUAUGAAAUUAAUGAUAAUGAUAUCUUAUAAUUUAUUGAUGAAACAUCAAGGAGAAAAUCAUAUGCAAUUAGUCCUGAAAGAUAUGGUACAUUAGAAGAUUAUAUGGAAGUUUUAAUCCUUUAUUCAUUGCUUAUUAUUUUUGGCUACUCAUUUCCUCUUAGUUAUUUUCUAUUAUGGUCUUUUAAUAUUUUAUAAAUAUAAGUCAAAAAAUAUUCUUUUAUGUAUUGUCUAUAACGACCAUGGCCUUAAAAUGAAAGUUCUUUAGGUAUUUGGAAUAACAUUUUAGAUCUUGUCAAUCAAAUUGGCAUUCUUACUAAUACAGGUAUUAUUACAGUACUCUAUAAUAAAAAAUAUGGGGAAUAAUUAAUUUUAGUAUUCUUAAGUCUUUUAAUUUCAAACAGUCUAUUUAAAUUUGUUAUAGCUUCAGUUUUUGGAGAUACUCCUUUUAGAUUAACUUAAUUAACAAUAAGACAUAAAUACCUUCUUAAAUCAACUCUAGAAAUUUUUAGUAAAACUAAAUAAAGAUCAAAAAUCAAAAAAGAAGAAGAAGAUGUUUAUAAAAGAUUUCCACUAUAUAAAUUAUUCAAUUCAACUAAUAAUAUGGAGUUUGGAAGUUUUUAAACAAUUAGUUCACAAUCAGAUCUUGAAGAACAUAUCAGAAAAGGUUAAAUGAGAGAUGAAUAAAAUUAAAAAAGACAAGUCAAAGUACUUCCAAAAAAAAUAGAUCUAGAUGAUCCACCAUAUGAAUUGUUACAUAAUUAAUUUUCAUAAAGAGUAUCAAAUUGGGCAUUUGAAAUUCAAUAUAAUAAUCUCAAUCCUUUUCAAAGAAAAAAAAAAUUAAUUAAAUACUGGAAAUAUUUGUAUAAACUAUCAGUUCUAACAACUUAUAAAAAAUUAUGGACAGAAGAUCGCCUGACUUAAAGACAUUUUUAUAUGAAAAGAAAAAAAUUAGCUAUUAAAAAUUUAGAUCUAAGAAAAUUAUAUAUUUUAAAAUAAAACUAUAAUCUUACUCAUCAAGUUUAUUCUGAUAACGCUCAAUUAAAAUUUAGAAAAAAAUUUCAAUAAGUUACAAAAAAUAGUAACAAACCUGAUGAUAUUAAGGAAUAUGAGAACAUGGUUUAGAAGUAAUAAAACUAUAUUGAGAAAAAUGUGUGGUUAAAUUGCAGAAAAGUAGUGGUACUAAAAAUAAAAGCUAUUUGGAUCAGAGGAUUUAGGAAAACUGUAUUAAGGAGAUCAGCUAUAUAGAAUAUACAUAUAUUAACAAAAACAUCUGUUCAAAAUGGAACUUUUUCUUUAAAAAGUAAUAUUCACAAAUAAUAUAAUAAAUUGUUAGAAAAUAAUUAGAAAAUGGAUGGCUAUAGUAUGAAAGAAUUUAUUAAUAUGGUUAGUUAAUUAUCAUUUGAAUAAAUUGAUUAAAUAACUUUUCCACUUACAUCUUAAUCUUUGAAUAUUUAACACUACAUAUUAUAUCCGAAAAAAUCAUAUAUUUUUAAAACAGUUAUUGAUUAACUUAGAGAUACAUUUAUUUUUGAUGCUUGGACUACAAAAUUAUAAGAAAUUGCAAUGUAAUUUUUUAUUGAAGAAUAAUUUUAAAUAGAAAACAUAGAAUUAAUCAAACAUUUCCAUGAUAAUACUUGGUUAGGAAAAAAAAAUGAUUAAGAAUAUUUAGUAUAAUUUUUAUAAGUAACCUAAAAUUAAAAAUUGUAAUUCUAACAAAAAUUAGAUAGUAAACAUGGAGUUUACUAUGCAGAGAGUAAAAAUUACUUAAGAUUAUCAAAUAUUAUAGAUUAAAUAGAUGAUUUUGUAAUUAAAGGAUAUUGCUUAUGUUUAUAUGAGUUUGAGAAACCUAUAAGUUUAUGGUAAGUCAUUAAAUUUAGAAAAACAUAUGGAAUCGAUUAUAAAUUAGAAGAAAUCCAUGAAUUUUUAUAUGCAAAUCUGAUAUUAAUGAAAUCGAAACCUCAUCCAUAUAUAAGUAUUUAUAAUUAUUUUCUUGAUGGUCGAUAAUAUGCUUUGUUGAAUACGUUAAAGAAUGAAUAGCCUUUAUAUAAUUUAGCAAAAGUUAUUAUUUAAAUGAUUUGCUUAAAGCAAGUAGAUGAUCCUUAUGAGUAGUUAGAAUAAAUGGAUCAUAAAUUAACUGAUAUUUUAAGAGCUAUGUUAGAUAAUAAUAUUACAAUUGAUUAAAUUGUAUUUGAAAUAAAAAAAUAACAUAAGUUUAAAGAGAUUUAAUAUGCCUCUGAUAUUUUUAAGUAGCCAGAUUAAUCAUUUCAUUCUUAAAUUUAAUUAUUUUUACAUAAGAUUAACUGCUCUUUCAGAAUGAAGUUCUAUGAUUAAGCAUUAAAUUUAAUACAAUAAUUUGAUAAUAUAUUGAAAAGAGAAUAUCCACCAUAAAACAAAGAUGCCGUGUUUAUUUUUUCAAAAUCAUUAAAAGAAGAAAUCUCUAAAAUAAUUCUAUAGCCAAAUUAUAUGUAAAGAAACUUAGAUAUUAUAUUGAUUUAUUAUUUAAAAAUUGCUACAAGUUGUGCUAUGAAGAUAGAAUUUGAUGAAGAUCUUAAUAAUUUACUCACAGGAAUACAAAGUUGUUCAAAUGAAAUCAAUCUAAUUAUUAGACAGUUAUGCCUUAAUAUAGAAUUUUAAAAUUUAAAUCUAAAUGAAUAACAUACACUUCUUAGGAAGAGAAAAAAAAAUAAAUAAAAUACAAAAUUAUUUUCAGAAUAGAGAAUGUUUUUAUUAGAAACCCUAAGAUAUAAUUAAGAAUAUUUAAACGCAAUCAUUCAAUACAAAUCUCAAUUAUAGAGAUACAAUAAUUAACUAAAUGUUGUUUAAAGUAUAAAAUAAUACUUUAAUAAAAAUUAUGGUUUUGCAAGCUUUUUAAUUGAUGAUAGCAUUAAAAAUACAUAAAAAAUUAUCAAACCAGUAUAGUUACCUGUCAUUUUAGAAUAAGCAAGACAGAUAAGCUUAGAAAUGUUUAAUUUAGAUUAAUUUUCUCCUUAGAUGGAUGAUGAUGAGGCAAUAGAUUUAUUUAAUAAACCUAAUAAUGAAUUUAAUAUAUUGGAAGAAAUUCCACAUAAUUUAAAUUAUUGUAUGCAAUACAUAUAUUUCUAAUAUUUAUAAUUAAUUGUAUGGUUUGAUGAAUAAAAUGUAAUGUUUGAUUAGUACAGUUAAUAAUUUAUUAGGUUAUAAAUCUAAAACAUACCUCUUUAUGAUAAUUUAAAAUUCUAAAUUUUAUAAUUAAUGAAAUAUGAAGUUUAAUAAGAUUUUAUAAAAACUUAAGAAGAUUGUGAAUUAGGAAAAUACUUAAUUUUAAAAAUCAGAAAGUGGAAUGAAUCAAAUUUCAAUGAGAUAUAUGACAUUAUAGAUAGUAGUGAUUUUUAAUAUAUGUGGGUUUAGUUAAUGACCCAAAGCUUAAUAAACAAGACCUUGACAAAUAGGUAAAUAUUAUGUGAUUUUUUGGAAUAGGAAAAGGAUGAUAUUAGAUUCAUCUUACUAAAAAUAAGAUUAUAAAUGUAAUUAUUACAUAUGGAUAAUUAUUAAUCAACAAAUAUUAUUAUCAAUUAAAAUAUAUAAAAUCAUUAGAAACUAAAUAGAAAAUAUGAAGAUAAAUCGAAAAUAUUGGAGUUAAAGAAUUUCAUAAAAUAAUAUAAAUAUCAAUAUUAUUACUUGGAAGAAUCUUGGUUUUAACAUUUUAGUUUAAGUUAACUAAGAAUAACAUAUUUAUUAGCAAUAUGUUAUGCUUAUUCACCCAAACACAUUGAAAAUAUUUUUAAUUAAAAUUAAUUUGAGUUAACCUAAUUGUAAACUGCUUUAAAUUAAAUAGAGGAAAAUAAGUAAUAAGAAUCAUAUCACUUAAUGUUGAAGGCUGCAUAAAUAGUUUAAUUACAUGAUUAUUGUAAUUUACUUGAUGAUGAGGCGAUAGGAUUUGUAAAAUACUAAUAGCUUUAUACAUUUAUUAAUCUAAGUUUAUAAUAGGGUGUUAGUUUAUAAUUUACAUUUGAAGCAAUAAAGAGGAUUAUCAAUUAUAAUAUUAACCCAUCAAUUUUUAUUUUAUUGUUAAUAUAAUAAUUCAUAAGCUUUUAGUUGAUUGAUUAAGUAGAUAUAUUUAUAAGACUAAUUUAAAAAAUGCAAUAAAAUAAAUCAAUUUUAUUAGAAGAAUCUCAUGAUGGUUUCGAUAUGGAUCUGAAAAUAUUUACUUUUUUCACAAAAUCAUAGGAUAUGAAAAUUAUUAAACCAUAUGAUUAACUUUAUAUAAGAUAUCCAACCAUUUAAUAAUAUAAGGAGCUUUUAUUAGAUUCAUAAUGUUUAUUUUAUUUUUCUCUUUAUCAUGAGAAUAUGGAAGAAUAAUAAAUCUAAAUUAGAAGUCAACUUCGUUAAUUGCUUUUGGAUGGCAGAUUCACUAAGAUGAUUCAACUUUAUGAAUCAUUGCUUUUAUAUUUUAAUAUGUAAAUAGGUGAAGAAGUAGAUUAACUGCACAGUAAAGUCUCACGAUAUUAAUUAACUGAAAAAACAUUGUUUCAUGCUCUUAUUUGUCAUUAAUUGAGUAGAUAUUAUGUUUGUAGAUAUGAUUAUCAAUAAGCUUAUAAUUGCUCUAAACAUGUUUUAAACUAUAUAAAAUCUUCACAGUUUGAAUAAGCUGUAAUUAUUAAAAUUGAAAAAAAUAUAUUUCAUUUUUAAAAUAAUAUUUAAAAUGAAGAAAUAAUGAAUCGAUUUAAUUUAUAAUUAUUUGAUUGUAUUUAAGAAGAAUCAGAUUAAUAUUAUAAUAAUGUAAUUGAUGAAACAUUCAUUCAUGAAUAAAUAUUGAUUCAUGUUGAAUCAGUUUUAAAUUUAUAAUAUUAAUUUCUUUAUUAAUAAUCUCAUCAUACUAAUAGAGGUAGAUAAUAAUCAUAAUACUAGUAAUAAAAAUAGAAUGAAUAAUAGUAAAUUUUUGAAAUUGAUAUUCAAUUUACAGAUCUACUUUAUUUUUUACAAACUUUACCUUUUCGUUCAUAACAACUAAAAGUUUUUUAUAUUAUAUCCGAAUAUCUUUUAAAUAAUUUAAAAAAUGAAGGAAUUCAGAUAAUGGAAAUGAAUUUGAAAAAGAAUUGUAAACAAAGACUGAAGGAGAUUGCAAGUUAAAUAUAAUCAAUAAAAUUAAUUGUAAGUCAGAAAAUACAAUAGAAAGAAUUAACUUAAGAAGAAUUUUAAGAUGCAGAAUUAAGAAAGUAACUUCUUUCUUUUGAAUAGGUCAUCCUAAAUAGUGUAGAAUAUGGUAUUAAUAAAGUAAUUAUAUUAUCAUGGAUUCAUUAAUCUAUAGACAGAGCUUUAGAAUUAUGUGAGUAUUUUCAAGAUUAAUAUAUGAUCAAAGUUCAUUAUUUUGUUCCGAAAUUCUAAUUGUUACGAAUAAGAAUGUAUUAAGAAGGAGAACAAUUAAUUAAGUUAAUUAAUUAAAUAAGCUUUGUCAAUGAUUCUUUAAGAGACUUUUAUUCAAAUAAUUCGCAUCCCACAAAAGGGGUACUUUAUUAUUUAAUGGGUUAAUAAAAAAGGUGGUUAAAAUCUCUAUAUAUCAAAUAUAUUGAAUAAGUUAUUGAAUUUCAACAGUUCAAUAUUGAUGAAUUAAGAAUUAUUACCAAAGGAUUGUUUGAAUAAAAUCUUAAAUUAUAUUAGCUUUGGGAGAAGUUUGACUCUCCAUAUAGACAUACAAUACCUUAAAUUUUGGAUGCUUUUAUUAUAGAGGAAGUAGGAAAUAUUGCUAAAGAUCAUAAUAGUUCUACUGAAUUAAAAGUGUUUUAAGCAACUAGUAUAGUUGAAGAGUUAUUAAAACAAUUUCAAAAUCAAAUAGAUUUAAAUGGUAAUUUAGAUUUUAUUUAUGCUGCAUCUUAAUUUGAUUAUUUUAAAUAAGAUAAUUUUUACACUCAAGAUAUCAAAUUUAUUUAGCAAUAAGAUAAAUUAAAAUAAUAAUAAGAACAAGAGUUAUUAUAAUAGUAAUAAAUUGGUUAAAAAAAGAGAUUGUGA